AUGGACCAGCUACAAAUUCCCAGCGAUCUUCCCCAAGAUGUGAACUCUUUUGGCCAGCUUGGCCCCUAUUUCGACCUCACCCUGCGCUUUGAACAGAUUGUAUUCGAUCUCAUUCCCAGUUGCCUAUUCAUCUUCUGCGUUCCCUACUACGUGUACAGGAUAUUCCACUCACCAAAGUUGUCCGUGGCAGGCAACUUGUUUUGGUUCAAAAUUUUGACUGGCUUGGCCUUGCUUGCCUGGGAAAUCGUUCUCAUUUGUCUUUUAUGCGCCAAAGCCCGCUUCCGUACUGAUGUGGGCAUUACUGCCGGCGUCGCAUCGUCCUUGGCUGCAGCAUGCAUUGUUGUUGCCAUUUUUGCUGAACAUUUCUACUCGGUCCGACCUUCGUUGCUGCUGAGCUUCUACCUCGCGCUCACUUGGAUUUUGGAUGUCUUCAAGACCUAUUCCGUCUUCCACCGCGGGCUCGUUAGCCAGGGGAUUUUCUUAUCGCUAGUUUUGGUAACCAAGGCUGUCUUGAUCCUCCUGGAGGAAGUUCCCAAACGUGGAUUGUUGAUCAGCAAGGAUCUUCAAGAUAAAACUGGUAAAGAAGCGAUCAGCGGCUUCUGGACUCGGACACUCUAUCUUUGGCUAAACGCCACCUUUGUUAAGGGUUAUAAAGCAAUCCUAAGCACGGAGGAUUUAGACAAACUCGACACUGAUCUCAAAGCGAAGGCAGUCUACGAAAGGUUUCAACAGCGUUGGGACAGAGCUAAUUCGAAGAAGAGAACGUGUUUUCUUCGAGCCUUACUGGGAACGGCUGGAGCUCUUCAGAUCACAAUCGCCAUUUUAGCUUGCCUGCUGGCCGUUGCGAGCAGUUAUGCACAACCAUUUCUUAUCAAAGAGAUUGUCACUGCAGUGGAGAAUGGUGAUACGCAUUGGCUAGUCAAAUUGGGACUCGUUGCAGCAUGUGCCCUGGCUUAUUCUGCUUACGCAAUUUGUCGAGCUAUCAACCAACAAGCAGUGGCACGUAGCGCAGCAACUUUCCGCACUUGUUCGAUCUCUGCAGUCUUCGGUAAAAUGAUGGUGCUCGAUUCAGGUACUCUACGCCAGGGUGCCGCUCUCACCCUCAUUACGUCGGAUGUGACCGGCAUGCAAUCUUUCCCGACGAGAGCUAACAAUGCUCUUGCCGCGUUCGCAUCAAUCGUGGGCGGCCUUAUUUACCUUGCUCUCCACGUUAAACAAACUGCCGCUGUAGUCAUUAUUCCGGUGUUAAUUUGCACGGCUUUGUCAUAUCUGCUCUCUACAAAGAUUAAAGCUGCACAGAUGAACUGGAAUUCAAAAACAGGAGUGCGUGUAGCGUCUAUUCAGGGCCUGCUCAGCCAUUUCAAGAGCGUCAGAAUGUCAGGCCUUGGCAAAGCCUUCUCUGACUUUGUCAAUGGCAAUCUUGGCGGUGAAAUCGAUGCUUCCAAAAACUAUCGCUUCUAUAACUCAGUUCUCUUUGGCAUCGACUUGACUGGAAUCGCAAUAACCCCAGUUGCAGUGUUGCUAACCACAUAUUACUGGACAAAUCCCGAAGGCUUACCAAUCGCCGAUGUAUACGCCCUCCUAGCAGUGUCUGGAUUGAUUGCUGAGCCAUUGGGCCGCUUUAUCCACGCAUUCUCACAUCUUGCCAAGGUGAUGGCUUGCCAUGACCGUAUUCGCGACUUUUUGCUUCAUGAAGAACUGGUUGACGUGCGGGAGGACGUAGAACCAGAAGAUGCUAACGAAAAGCAGCAGACAUCCAAAGGUAAGCAAGUAGCCACUGACAAGGUUGAUGUACCGAACUCCGAAGAUGAACUUGCGGCUGCAGUCUUGAAGAAGUUGGGCACCUGCCCAACAACGAAAGGAGACCAGGUCUUGCAAGACAUGGAAGCAACCAUUCGCCCAAGUAAAUUCACUAUUAUAACUGGCCCGGUCAAUUCUGGAAAGUCCACAAUGCUCAGGCUGCUUCUUGGAGAGGUUGCUAUAGCGGAGGGUCAAAUUCAAGUUGAUACAGAUAUCAUCGGUUAUUGUGGCCAAAUCCCUUGGCUUCAGAGUCAGUCAGCGAGAGACAACAUCAUUGGUCCAACCCCAAUGGUCGAUGCCUGGUACAGAACUGUUACCGAAGCCUGCGGUUUGGAUGUCGAUUUUGAGAACUGGCCAGAUGGCGAUAACACCAAGAUCGGACAAUCAGGAAGCAACAUAAGCGGAGGUCAAAAGCAGCGCAUUGCACUUGCUCGGGCUGUGUAUUCACGCAAACCCUUGCUUCUUCUUGACGACAUAUUUAGUGGAUUGGACGAUCACACCGCAGGUAGAAUCUUCAACAGCCUGCUUGGCAGAGAAGGCAUUUUGCGCCAGUCAAGAACUACAGUUGUUUUGGCUACCAGUUCAGUCGAAUACUUCUCUUCCGCCGACUACAUCUUGAGACUGGACAACCGGAGUGUUAUUACAGAGAUAAAUUCAGAGCCUACUUACGAUGAAGUGUCGGAGAAUUGUAUAGCGCCAGUUGACCUUGAGAAAAAUGGCGAGACAUCACAGCCUGCAUCUCAAAGAAGCCCUUCCGUCAAAUCACACAAAUCACACCAAAGUAGUCGAAGCACUGGGAGCAAGAAGAACAAGAAGACCAAGAAGACCAAAAGCAAGAAGACCAAGAAGCCUGCGCGGAAACCCAAGGUUAAGGAGCCAGAAGAUCGUUCUACGCGAUACUACUAUUUCUCAUCCUUUGGCCCAACCCAGAUGAUUUUUUGGAUACUAUCAAGUGCUAUUGGAGAGUUGUUGUUCAAACUUCCAAAUGUUUUUAUACGCAUUUGGUUCGGAAGCCACAAAUUGGAUGAUAGACGAUUUUUGAUCGGCUAUACAAGUAUUUCCGUUGCGGCUGUUCUUUGGGGCAUGGCCUAUAUCUGGUGGUUCCUCACGAAACUCAUCGCUAAGUCGUAUGCAUACCUACACGGUGCACUGCUUGAUACACUUCUGGGUGCAAGCUAUCGAUUUAUUGCUACCACAGAGAGUGGUGUUAUCUUGAACAUAUUCAGUCAAGACAUAAGCUUAGCUAGCCAGGAGCUCCCAUACUCCCUCCUACACACCAUCAUGUGUAUCUUUGUCAUAUUAUCAGACCUCGGUAUAAUUGCCAGUGGCGCAGACUAUGCUGCCGUUGCUAUUCCGAUAUUCCUUUCAUUCCUUAUGAUUCUCUUGAUAUUCUACCUACGAACAUCUCGUCAGGUUCGACUACUACAGCUCAAAGCUAUGGCGCCUAUUUACAACCUACUCACAGAAGCUGCCUCUGGUAUGGAACACAUUCGCGCUUUCAAAUGGCAGCCGUUCUUUUUGACCCAAUUUAUUGAAAAACUGGACGACGCUCAAGUUCCAUACUAUCAAUUGCUCUGCAUUCAGCAAUGGCUCUUCCUGGUACUGGAUUCGGGCGUAUGUGGCCUAGCGAUUGUUGUUGCUGUUCUUGGGCUCUUCCUACCGCAUCAGUCUUCAGCAAACGGCAUUGGUCUUAGUCUGCUGAAUUUGAUUACAUUUAGUCAAGCUAUAUCGGCUACUCUCCGAGCGUGGGCUGAGGCCGAGACAUCACUAUCCGCUGUGACUCGUAUUCAGGAGUUUGCUAGAGUUACGCCCCAAGAGCCGCGGCCCGGCGACGGGGAUGCCAAGCGCCUGUGGCCUACCAAGGGAGCCAUCCAGUUCGACAAGUUGUCAAUGAGAUUUGAUCCUGAAAAUCCCAAGUCCCCGAGGAUUGUGGGUGGAGUGACAUUCACCGCUCAGCCCGGACAAAGAAUCGGCAUCGUUGGCCGCACUGGAAGUGGAAAGUCGUCCUUGAUAAUGGCAGCACUUAAAAUGAUGCAAUACGAGGGCAGCAUCAAGGUUGACGGAGUGGAAUUACGACAGAUCUCCGGAGACACACUAAGAUCUCGCAUCACCACUAUUGGCCAGGAGUCAGUUAUUCUGCCGGGAUCGAUUCGGUAUAACCUACACCCGUAUGCUUCUGCCGAUAACGUGGUUACUGAUGAGGCUAUGAUUGGUAUUCUGGGAAAGGUUGGUUUGUGGGAGCAUCUGGAAUCGCAUGACGGGUUGGAUGCUUCUGUUGCUAGCCUGCAGUUGUCUGAAGGGCAGCAGCAGCUCCUCAAUAUUGCCAGGGGAAUGCUCCAUCAUAUCCAUCAGAAGACGAAGAUUGUGUUUAUGGAUGAAGUCUCGAGCCAGUUGGAUAAGGACUCUGAUGACCGGGUCCAGGCGGCCAUCAAUGAAGUCUUCGAGACGUGCACAAUGCUGGUUAUUGCACAUCGACGUGAAACGCUCCAAGAGAUGGACGCGAUCCUCACCGUGGCAGACGGCGGAGUAUCCCUUGUGGCACAAACACGGAAAAGCAAUGAGCCUGAAGAAGAAAUCCCGGAUUUCGAUGGUACCCAAUCUCCUAUUGACGGGGACUCGUCGCGUGGUCGACAACUGUCGAUUCGUGACAUAGCGCUAGAGGCAACUGAAAGAAGGAGUCAGUCUCUGGAAACAGUGAAGCGCAGUCCCCCUGGAGCUGGCGGCAACGGCGAGGGUCCAUCCCAGCCAGACGCUGCUAAGAAAGCAGCAGAGCCAGUGGUGCAACGAAGUCCGGAGGAAGAGGCGGAAUAUCAAAGAUUCCAAGCACUGCUUAGCCAAGAUGUCGAUAACGAUGCUGGCGGGGAGCUUCUGCUCGGUGUGGUAUAUGAUCCAGAGCUCGAGGCAGAGAGAGAAGCCACCGCGAAUCUGCCGUUUGAUGAGAAUGGGAAUUUCACGGGUUGAAUUGGUUGACGGGCGGACGAUUCGAAAUCGCAUUUGUCCCACUAGAAUGGGUACUGUCUUUUUAUGUUUUAUUUAUCUAUUUUUCGUGUCUUUAUUUUUGUAGUAUAUAGCAUCAAUUUGAUAAUAGUUUUGUUUCGUCUUUGAGAAGAGAGUGUUUAUUCGUAUGCUAUUGAUGAUGAUGAGAGAGCUAAGUUGGCUGGAAUCAUGGUGCCUCUAGACAUGGUCAUGGCAAGUUUGUUAACAGGUGAAUUCCUGGUCUUGUGGGAACUAUAUUCACUACACACAAAGCAAGUAACUGAUCACUAACUUAAGUUAUAGGAGAGUGUGAUGUUGUGCCGAUGAGACCCACCAGCCGAGCCGCG